AUGGGUCGAGGUAUUCCUGGCUUGAGUGCCAUUUCUGGCAAACCGAUUACUUCUUAUCUUGUUCUUGGCUUUGGCCUCUUGCUUGGAUUCUGCGGUUGGUUCACUGCAUUUAUCAGUCAAUGUAUUGCCCAAAGCGAUGGGUACUUGGAACAAGGCAACAGAGCCGGAACUCAUCAUAUUUGGUUUACUAUUUGGAUUGAGCUUGCGCUCGUUAUUGCGAUCAUCUUUAUGAUGAUUAUGGGCACGGUCGGCUUCUUUAAGCCUCUCCUCAUUCCUUUCCUUUGCAUCGGCACCGUCAUGUCAGUGCUGGGCGCAGACUUGGGUAUUUACUCCGAUGAAUCGAGCGUCGCCGCAUUCGGCGCUGGCUACCUCUUACUCGCAUUUGCCAACAUCAUCUGGCUUCUUUACUUUGCCUACACAGAGAGCACUAACGGCUAUUCUAUGGACGCACGCAACUCUACUAGCUAUGCAGCAGGCUCCGGUGCAGCUGCUGGCGGUGCAGCUGGCGUCUCCAGUGGUGGAAUGCGCAACCGCUUUUCCAUGGGCAACAAAGGAACCAAGUUCCCUGGCUUUGGCGGCUUUGGCAAGUCGAGCAAGAACGCAGCAAUGGGCGAGCCCGACAUUCAUAUGCAUGAAAAUGUGCCUACCGGCAUUGUUUCGCACCACUCGGGUGUGCCGGAAGCAAACUACGCUUCGCAGUUGCCCGAGUCGCAGAGCUACGAGGCGGGCGGUCCGGGUUACGUAUCCGGCCCGAGCUUCGCUCCCAGCUCCAGCUACGGCGCAGGAAUUGGUCCGGGUGCUGGUGCAGGUUCCAGUGCCGCUCUUGGUGCAGGUAUUGGUGCAGGUACCGGCGCGGCUGUCGUGCCGGCCGCCGACGGCAUCCAACCUGGACUUAGCACCGCACCGAGCUACCUGCAAAGCUACACUGCUGCGGACCGUUCCGACGCACUGGUAGGUAACAAUACGGAGCCUACCCUUACGCAGGGCGGUGCAUACAAUGCCGCAGCUGGAGGACAGCCGAUCGAAGGCGACGCUGUCAAAAUCGUCAAAGCUGAAGCAUUAUACACGUACAAAGCCAGCGAGGACGACCCUACAGAAAUUUCUUUCACUAAAGGUGAUAUUUUGGAAAUUGUUGACAGCUCUGGCAAAUGGUGGCAGGCGCACCGGUCGAACGGCGAACUUGGCAUUGUGCCCAGCAACUAUCUCCGUAUGGUCUAA